GAACGGGACCAGCGUCCACCGCCAAUUGAGUUGCAUCACAAUAACCUACCCCGCAUUCCGAAAAUUUCCGGUGUGAUGAGAGCUGAAGUCGUGGAAAAAUGGUCAUAUAUGUUCCUACUACGCACUUAUUCUUAUCAUCACCCUCAGAUCUCGACGUCCACUUACCCGUAUACCUGCUGUUCCAUUUAUUCACACUUACGCGCUUAGGCCUUCUACUACACUUGUACCUCUUCAAAUUUAUACUUCACUACAGCUAUAGUUAUACAUUACACCUCAUACACGCAAAGUCCAUUUACUGCACUAUCGUGCUUCAAUCAUCUAUGCACCGCCCUCCUCCCCAUUUCAAGGAAAAGGAAAUCCGUCUCAGUACUCGGCCACCAUAAUUCGUUGACGUACAACGAUGCCUGGACGAACCGUCUUCAUUGCCGUACUGCCCGGGCGAUGGACACCAUUCAAUCUCCGUCACAAAGGCACAGCCAUGUUCAACGGCCAAGCAGCUGAUUACAGUCCACCUCCCGCGGUCCUAGACCCUAAGGGAGACCAGCGCUGGGUCGUCGGCGUGUUUCGAGACAAAACUCCAUCACCAACUUGGUCUGAUUUCAUCCAUGCUCGGUACUUCCAGUGCCGGGGGGAACUGGGGCCGAUACGUCCUGAGGAACUUGAAGUGUGGGAGCCGGUGGGAGAGACGAGUCUCAGCAACGUUGAGAUAUGCGACUAUGAACGGGAGUUCUGGCAGGAGUGGAGGCUUCCGGCGGGUCUCGACUGGAAGAUCCGGGAUAGUCAGGACUUCAGUCUCUUCUUUUCCUUCCUAAUCAUCGAACAAGCUUCGCGAGAAGCCAACCGUUGCUGGCUGAUAACCAUCCACAAAGAAAUCUCCCGGAAGCAACGCGGCAGACUGAGUGGUGUGAGUUCUCGGAGGUCUGGAGCGAAUGUGAUCGCGGCAUUGGUAGUGAUUUACGGGAUACACGCGAUCGUCGGAUUGAUUGCGUUUUGGUGUUUCGACAUAUACACCAAGUUGGAAACGAUGCAUGUGGUCCAAGGUCAUGUCGCGCAACUUCAGAGAUUGGUCACUAGGUUUCCCGAGGUGCGGCCUUUCCUUCUGCAGCACGAUGCAAUCGAGGCGCCUGUAGGCCCUACGAGCAAAUUAGAGUUCAUGGAAUUUGUAUCAUAUCAGAUCGGUGCUACUGUAUCGAGUAUAGCAUAGUCGCAUACAAAAUAGUCUGCAUGUCAUAAACUGCCUCGAGAGGGGCUUACUGGUAACCGUACAGCGCCAGCCCACAUCAUCGAAUCCCCAUCCCACCAAUCUCAACCGCAACGUAACAGAAAACCCCAAGGAAAGGCAUAAAACAUACCACGUAUAUGCCCCACGUAACAACGUAAACCAACUGAGCAAAAAGCCCACGACAGAAGAGAAAUAGUAUCAGGAAAGUAGAAGAAGAAGUGAAUGGCGUAAAUGUUUGUAUGAUGUCUACUGGGGGAAUUUCAAGGGCACUUUUCUUCGAAAGGGGGGUAGGAAGGAAGGGUGAGAUAUAGUGGUGUUGGUGGGCAUUCUUCAUUUAUUGCUUGUGUUGGGGAAGAG